CAUGGCGUCUAUUUCCGUUCGCUGAUAGGGCAGCCGACAUUUUGUUUCAAAGUAGUGACGUACGCGUAAUCGAGCAUUAGGUUAUGUCUUUAUACGCCAUUGGUUGGACUACGGAAGAAGACAAAAAACUUGCUGCAUUGGUGGAACCGCAUAAUAUUUUGUACAGUGUGAAUGAUUCCUAUUCUUCAAGAAAGAAUAUUUUAGCUCGUGAAAAUACAUGGCAAGAAAUAGGCCAGGAAUUAUCCAAGCCAGUUGAAGAAUGCAAGAGGCGCUGGCGUGGUCUCCGAGAUGGCUAUGUGAAGGGCAAGGACAUGGGUACAAUGCACAACAUCAAGGCAGAAGUAUUCGAGAAGCUUCAAUUCCUCGAUGAAACCAUGUCGGAUGCUGAAGAAACAUUGAACAAUACAAUGGAAAUGGUAGAUGAUGAUCAGGAAAAGUCAGAUUCCCCAGUAGGCAUUGAGCAGCAAGUUAUUACUGAUAAUCAGGAAUAUUAUGAGAUCACAGUUGUAGAUGGACCACAGGAAUCUACAAAUGUAAAACAAUUUAUUAAAAUAUUGCCAAAAAAGGACAUAAAAGUGGACCCCUUAAAGAAAAUAAAAAGAAAGUGUGGUAGAAAAAAGUCAUUACCAAUACCUAGGAACAUACCUCCUAUAAAAAUCCUGCCAAAACCUAUACUCUUAAAUCAGCCAAAACCGAUACUUCUGAACCAGCCUGCAAAAGUAGUACAGUAUGUAGAAGAUCAAAAGACACCCGAGCAGAGGUCAGAAGUCAUAGACAAACUUAUAGAGAGAAUUCUAAAAGAGAACACAAAUGAAAUUGAUGUAUUCUUUAGAAGUAUGGCUGCCAGUGUGAGAAAGUUACAACCAAAUCUUAUACCUAAAGUAAAAAUGGAAGUGUGCAAUGUAAUAGCAAAAUACGAAAUGCAGAGUUUUGACAAAAACACACAAAAAUACUAACAGACAUAUAUAUAUAUAUAUAUAUAUAUAUAUUAGUAAGAUUUGUGAUAAAUACCUGAUUUAAAUACUAGCCUACAAUGUAUGCAUGUAUUAUGUUUAAUGUUCACAAGUUAUUUCAAUUAAUGUGUAUAUUGUUCUAGAUUUAAUUAAAGUU